AUGUCCGACGAACACAAUCAUCUCGCCGAAUCCGGCAUCACUUUGCACUCCGACAGCGAACUAUACUCUGCCGGCGAGGACCUACCGUCACCUCCUUCGUCAAACUCUCCCGUUAUCCUCUACAAGCCUCCUACGGUGUGGUCGUUGAUACGUGGGGCGGCCAUCAACCUUCUACUACCAUUUGUCAAUGGCAUGAUGCUUGGUUUCGGAGAGCUGUUUGCUCAUGAAGCUGCGUUUAGACUUGGAUGGGGCGGUACCAAGGUCUUCCCUCUGACCCGAAGAAGGACUCAUCCUAUUGGACCUGGCAUUGAGCUUCGAGAAAGGCACCACAUUCCUCGCCCUUCGCUGGACGAUAUUGCGAGUCACCCGGAGGUCAUCGGCGACGGACUUCGCAAACCCGACAUUUACCCGCCGGUGCCGGAAAACCUCCAAAAAAUUCCCAGCAACACCAUCACUCUCAUCCGACCAUCCCACUUUAUCACCGCCGCAAUGCUUCCCAGCCGAGGAAUUGUGCGCUCUCUGCCCUCGGGCGUUCUCCAGAGGCCACUCUGUGGUCAAUCCAUUUCGUCAAGAACUCUUGGCCGAAAACUCGGAGAUGCUCGACAAUUCGGUACAACGUUAAAGAGCGCUCGUACACCUCUUUCGGCUGGAGCUAGGGUCGGACUUAGGAAUAUUGCUGCGCCUGUUGUUCUGGGAGGUUUAUCUUCCUCAAGGACACUCUCCAUCUGGGGUUACAACAUCUAUGGAAAGAAAAAGACCGAAGAGCCUGUCGCUGAAGCCAUCACAACAACACCCGAGGCACCCACUCCUCCCGAGACCAUCAAUCCCACGCCUGUCAUCAACGAUGCGCCCGCUAUUCCCGACGAAGCUGUCACACAAGUGGCACAGACCGCUGACCCUUCCUCAGUGACCCCCUCCGAUUUCGAUCUUGCCACAAUCGCCGACCUCGCCAAUCCCAACAUUCUCAACCUGCCCGAAAACAUCGGCUUCCUACGAGAAAUUGGCCUUGACUAUGGUUGGGGUCCUACAUCAGUCAUGCAAUGGGUGCUCGAGCACAUCCACGUUUACACUGGCCUUGGCUGGGGUAGCUCCAUUAUCGUAACAGCCCUGCUACUACGUGCCGUCAUGUUCUACCCCCAGGUGCGCAGUGUUAAGUUCAGCGCCGGCAUGAACCAGGUGAAGCAAGACCCUCAGGGUAUGGAGGCUAUCGAGAUGAUCAAGAAGGGUUAUCAAACCCAGGAUCGUGAGAUGAUGCAAAAGGGACAGUUCCUUCAAAAGAUGGUUCGUGAAAAGUACAAUGCCUCGAUGACGGGUAUGAUUUGGCCUUUUGUGCAAAUUCCGUUCAGUUUCGGUCUGUUCCGAAUCAUCAACGGCAUGACGCAUAUUCCUGUGCCCUCUCUGGAAGACGCUGGCUUCCUCUGGUUCCAUGACCUUACGGUCGCUGAUCCUUUCUAUCUUCUCCCUGCCAUGGGUACUGGCUUCUUGGUCACUUCACUACUGCUCAACUCCAAGUACCAACCCGCCGCUCAAAAGGCCAUGAUGAAGAAGAUGAUGUACGUAAUGGGCGGUGUCACAUUCAUCUUCACAAGUUAUCUUGCUGCUGGUGUCAACAUCAUGAUGGUUUCCACCGGAGCAGCUGCUCUUGCAACCUCGGCCAUUCUCAACAACGAGGCUGUCCGUCGUGUUCUUGACCUGCCCGUCCUCAAGGUUGAGCAGCCCGCUUACAAACCCCCUCGCGUGUCCCAAGCCAAGGGUAUCGAAGGACUCCGUGAGCGACUCACUGAGAACCUCGGUGAGAUGAAGAAGGGUGUUUCCGAUCAAAUCGGCACCAUGACCAACCAGUACAGCGGUACUGCGGAAGAGCGAGCGCAGAAGGCGCGCAAGGAGCAGAUGCGCAAGCUUGAGGACAUGCGCCGAAAGCUGGAGCGUGAAGAGUUUGAGAAGAAGUACAAGCGAUAA